CAUGCUACCAUGUCCAACGCGGCACGCCCCUCUCCUUCCCCUCAUCGCGCGCGGCGCGACCGUACCCGGCCCGGCCAUAAGACGCCACCUCCCCGCAUCUACCGCCACCUUAUCGCCUCGCCCUCCAACACCGAUCGACACGAGCCAGGCACCAAGCCACCAACCCGCUGCGGCGGCGGCCCAGCGAGAGAUGGACGGCGGCCGGCCGGAGAUGCGGCGGACCAUGACGCUGUCCGAGCAGCUGUCCACGCCCGACCCGGCCAUCCGCGACUUCCUCAAGAUCCCCAAGGACGCCGACGUCGGCGGGAGCCCCGGCGAGGACGGCAACCCUGCGGCCAGCGGCGGCGGCGGCUGGAAGCCGCUCCGGGACCGGCUCCGGCUCCGCCGCGCGGCGGGCGCCUGGCCGCCGCCCAAGCCCCGCGGGCCCGCGGCCGCGGCCCACGCCCGGACGAGCAGCGGUGACCUCAGCAACAGCACCAGUGCCAACAGCCGCAGCAACAAGUACAACCACGCCGGCGAGGCGGCGGCGGCGUUCUCCCGCACCUUCUCCCGCGCGCCUUCGCUCCGCGCGACGCCCACAUUCUCCCGCGUCGCGUCCACCCGGGUCGGGCCCAGCUCCUCCUCCCGCUCCACCUCCAGCUCCAGGCGCCCCGGGUCGUCCAACUUCCGCGACCAUGAAGAGGAACGCCGUGACGACGGCGACGGCGAGCACAGUGAAGAUGAUGAUGAUGACGAGGAGGAGGACGACGAGGAGGAGGGCAAGGAGGAGGCGCCCGCGGCGCAGAUGUCGCUGAUGGCGCUGCUGGAGCAGUCGGACAGCCAGUGGGACGACGACGAGGACGAGGAUGCCGGCGGCGGCGCGCGGAAGAACGGCGAGGGCGACGACGACGAUGACGACGGCGAGGGCCGGGAGGAGGAGAUGGUGCACGUGUGCUGCGUGUGCAUGGUGCGGCACAAGGGCGCCGCCUUCAUCCCCUGCGGCCACACCUUCUGCCGCCUCUGCUCACGCGAGCUCUGGGUCAGCCGCGGCAACUGCCCACUCUGCAACGGGUUCAUCCAGGAGAUCCUCGACAUCUUCUGACCGGCCGAGCUUGCCUCCGCCAUUGUUCAUCAGCUAGGCCUUGUCACGUCCAUUGCAUCAUCACAAUCACCACCGUCUCCCUCUGCCUCCUCUUCUUCUUGGACGAGGAAGUGACACGGAAUCUAUGAAACCGAAAUCCCUAGAAGGAUUCAAUUGAUCGAGCUGGCGGUAACUAACGCUGGUGUUUGCAAAUGCAUUCAAUUUUUUUUGGAUGUGGUUGAUUAUAUGUUAAGGAUCAAUAAAAAUUGAUAUAUGCAAUGUUUGUAUGUGUAUAUGUACAUUUCAGAGUGUGGUUGUUAGGUUGACUAAACAUCACCAACAAGAGCCUAUGAUUAUACC